GAAGAGAGAAAAGAGAUGAUUGGGAUUGAAUGUCUUGUUGUUCCAUGAAUAGCAGGCCUCGGCAUAAAUUAUUCAAAGACCAAACCCUUACAGACAAAACAGUACUCCUUGCCAACCAAAGUUAAUUUUUUUAUCUUCAUCGUAUCAAACAAACAGCUUCUGUCAGUCGCUCUCGUGGAUUCAGGACUUCAGAGUUCAGAGCUUCAUUUCAUUUCUGUCACUCAUGAAUUCUGCUUCAAUGUCUUCAAAUGCCUACGCUUUUGAUUCUUCUCUUCUCAGACAUUCGAGCUCAGACAUGGCCUCCUUUGAUGAAGGCGGAGACCUUUUCUUCUCUGACCCUCUUCCUUUCCCUUUCUUCAGCCCCACAGACGUCGUUCAUCAGAUUCCAGACAACGAAACAUACCAACAACACAAACUGGACGAAUUUUCUUCUUCUCUUGACCCCUUUUCCUCUUCUUUCUUUUCCUUUUCUCCUCCAAGCACCCACCUGGAAAACCUGAGCCUUUAUCAGCAGCAUCUUUCAUCAACUGCAACAAAUUUAGGAGCUGAGUUUGGAAAUGUCUCUGUGAAGAGUGAAGAUUUACAAAUGGGUGCUGAUUACAACGGCAACCAGAACUUUGUUCCUCCCAGUUACAAUGGUUCUGAAAAUGCACACAAGUCCAUUCAAAGGAGUUACAGCAGCAACUGUUUUGAUGGGAAGCCUGGUUUUCUCUUUCAACCCCACUAUGAUACUCUCAUAGAUUCCUCAAACUUUCAAGGCCAGACCGUGAAUUCUCCUGAAAACGAUCAAGUAAGAAGAGUGUGCAGUACAGGAGACUUGCAGAACAUGGGCUCUACUCAAACGAACCACAGGGAAGGCUCGUUCUUAGAGGAAGCAAACUUCAAAGUGGGGCGUUACAGUGCCGAAGAAAGAAAAGAGAAAAUCUCGAAGUACAGAGCCAAGCGAGGCCAGAGGAACUUCAACAAGACGAUUAAGUAUGCUUGCCGGAAGACACUGGCAGACAAUCGGCCACGCAUACGUGGCAGAUUCGCACGAAACGACGAGACCGGCGAGAAUUCCAGGGUUUCAUGUUCAACCAGAAACGAAGAAGACGACGAGUAUUGGUUCGAAGGGUUGCAUGAAGAACAAGAAUCGAUGACGUUGAGAAUGAUAGGAGGACAAUACUUGAACAGUUUUGGAGAUCCUCAUUUCCAAUACCAUAGCUUUUGAGAUUGAGAUGGGAAUUAGAAGCAAAAGCAUCAUCAAUUGGCAGCGUCAGAACAAGAAAAGGCCCCUUGCUCGCUUAGCUAAUCCUACUCCAAAAGGCCUUCCACCAGCUCUUUUAUUUUACAUUUACAUUUAUUCACACUUAUUAUUAUUGGUGAUAUGUAGUGUGGGAUUUAUUUUUUUUUAAAUUUCUUGGCAUAGA